AUGUAAUCCAGAGUUGAAGAAACGAGAAGAGAUGUAGCUUAAAAAACACGUCUUCGGGACUCAAAUUAGGCUACGUAGAGGCAUGGAAAGAUAGCAGAAUUUUGUAUAUUAAUCCCACAGAUGGGGUCUCAUAUUUUGGACAUUCUGCGUCAAGGAAUUUGGGCUUCCUUGACGGGGGGUUGGUUUUACGAUCCCCAUCAAGGCAUAUUUUGUAACACAUUUCAUCUCUAUUUAUGGAUGUUUCUAUUGGCCUUCCCUCUAAUUAUAUAUCUUACAUUGGAACCGACUGUAGGCAUAUGGGCGAUAUAUUGUGGUGUUUUAGCUGUUUUAUUCUCAGUGUUAAAGUUCAUCAACUUUCACCUUCAUCAUAUGUACGAUACAGGGGAGGUAAUCGAAGACGAUGUGAAAUCAGAAACACCGGCUAGUAAAGGUGGAUCAACCGAGAACACCAAUAAAACUAUAGAAAUUUGCAAUGAAAAUGAAGUCCCUGAAAAUAUUGAAAUGGUUUCAAUCAGUCGUGCAAGGGAGACAACCCCAGCAGAGACUGAAUCUAAAUUGGAGAUUAUUUCAGAGACAGAAACACACAACACUUCUGAAUCAAAACCUUUAAAGGUAAAACAGUGGGAUACAGGAAUAGCACCAUUGGCUGUUAUAGAAGAUGAUUUGACUGGUGAAAGUCCUGGUGGUAAAAAUUCUACGGGUAGUACAACAAGUAGUGUAGACGAAUCAAAUCCCAACUCCUCCAAAAAUUUAAGGUCAGAAGUUCCUCAUCCAAUAACGACGCAAGUUGAAGUUGAAAUUAAUCCCCAGAUACCAAAAGAUACACAGAACGAGACAAAGAGAUUACGAGAGGAAAGUGAUUCCGACCUCUCUCCCGAUUAUCUUCCCAAAUUACGUCUGAGACGUGAAAGAAGGGCUGUGCGAAGAUCAAAAAGUGCUUUGGAGCCGUGUACAGUGGCUCACAUACCGAUAGACAAUAAACCAGCGUCCCGGAUGUCAUUACCUCCCUUGAAUAGAGUUGCUGUGUCUGUUGUUCAGAAGAGUCCGGUUGAUAAUCAAAACAUUUCACCCAAAAGUAAAAAUAAGAAAGAAAAAGUGGUAAAACGAUUUGAACACGACGGCGUCAUACGAUUACGAAAUCGGACACAAAGUUCGAAAUCUGUUGACGCCAUAAAACCACGUACAGGAAAGGGGAAACAGGAUGGAUGGACAGAUCAAAGUUCACGAACAACAUCGGCGAGUAAUAGUCCUCAUGUUUCACGACCAGGAUCGUUGAUUUUAUCCGUGGAUGGAAACAAGUUUAUUUCCCAUUCGUCAUCCCAUUCCAGUAUAAGUGAUUCGUCGGAGUUGAGUGUCGGAGAAGUCAUGUUCCGCAGUCAGAAAUCACGUUCUCGUCCGGGCAGUGGAGGAACAACCAGCUCCGGACAAACAUUGACGGAGAAUAUGGUGGCUGGUAAAAAAGUUCGGAACAAGGAAAUCAUGGGACUUUUUAAAGUAUCGCGGUAUCUACAAGAUGAGCGUAAGAGGGAGUCGGGUGUUCCAGGGGGCAGUACAGGAGGUGGGUCAGAUAACGAUAUAACUGAACCUGGGAGUAAUACAGGUGAUGGCAAGUCGUCAGAUUUUUCAGAGAGUACAAUUAGCAAUGACGGAAGUUCGUUUGAUCUCGAUUCCGAUGAGCAACCCACAGAAAUCCUACCAGCACCUAUAUCCGAUUAUACAACCACACCCAGUAGUCCCAGUACAGAUGAUCUACAGACGUUACGUAAUCAGGGAGCUAUCCCUAAAUGUUAUCCUAAAAAACCUGUUAUAGAACCACUACCACAACCCUUUCCUGUUGUAUCAGGUAAUACGCAAUCCACAAGUCCUGGUUCAACGGAUUACUCCGAUCCGGAGACAAUUAGUCGGAAAAUUAUAGAAAUACUACGAGAUCCAAAUGAACAUUCAGAAGAAUUGAAGAGAUUGCAGGAAUUUGUUAAACUUAAAAAGACACAGUCUAAUACAGAAGAUUCUCCUAAAGAAAAACCUGUGAAAGAAGAAAGACGUCGGCGUUCAGAAUCUAAUGCUGUUGGAAAAGUUGGUCCGACCCCAGAAUCUUUAAACAAGGAGAAGCAGGAUGAAGGUGGGGCUGUGGGUGGGGCCGUCAACCCACCAGGUGAACAUGAAGAAUCUAAAUCAACCACACCCACUGAAUUCUCAGCGUUAUUACCACCUGUUGAUGAGAAAACUAGUGACUCAACACCUGGUUGGCAAGGUGCUAGGUAAGAAUGAUAAUAAUCAAAUAACUUCUCAUACGAGACUUACACUGUCAAGAAUGAUUAAGUUGAACUACAGAAAAUCUAUUAUUGUUAUGAUUGAGUUUUCCUUGGGAUUGUAGAAAUAAAAGUUGGAUAUUUUACAGUUUAUUUAUCUUUAUCAACUAGUUUAAUUCACAAACCUUAAAAAAUCAGCAGUGAAAGGGCACUGACUAUAGUCCAGGACUAGUACAUGUUCCUGAAGCAACGACUGCGAGUUUUAUUACAUCUGGACGUUGCUAGAUUACUUCAAAAUUCCCGAACUUAUAGCUACGUUAUCUACAGACACGUGAACAGAAGCAUCCAAUCAGAGGUUGUGACAUGGCGACCUCCACGGAAGCCUUGACAUUGAACGAACCUUGAACUUUUCAUCUCGAUUAUCACAGGUAGACAUUUUAGCUUAAAAGCACGAGGCUUGGUAUUCGGGACGACCGAGGAAUCUGAUCGCUCACAAGCUGGACUUGUACCCAUUUGAAAUUAGUGCUGAAAUAUGCAGGGUAUUAUGCGAAGGGUUUUAUAAGAUGUACGUAGUUUUUUUUAAAGCGAGAUCAAACCUUCUAUUGAAAAUGGGACUAGUACAGCUAAAUAGGUCACUAGUUCGUAAGGUAUUUUUGGUAGCCAUGGGCGUCAGUCUAUUGAAAAUGGGACUAGUACAGCUAAAUAGUUCACUAGCCCGUAAGUUAUUUUUGGUAGCCAUGGGUGCCGGUCUAGUGGAUUUUUAUGACCCUGGAUUUAUGUAAUAUUGCUGCUUUAGACCAUGAAGUAUGUAUCAAAAGAAUAUUCUGUGAGGAAGGCAUGGUGGCUCAGUGAGUAAGACACUGGCUUGAUAGUCUGGAGGUCUCGGAUUUGCUCCCAGUGAGUAAUACGCUGGCUUGGUAGUCUGGACGUAUCCGGUUCGCUCCCAGUGAGUAAGACGCUGGCUUGGUAGUCUGGAAGUCUCGAGUUCGCUCCCAGUGAGUAAGACGCUGGCUUGGUAGUCUGGAAGUCUCGAGUUCACUCCCAGUGAGUAAGACGCUGGUAGUCUGGAGGUCUCGGGUUCGCUCCCAGUGAGUAAUACGCUGUCUUGGUAGUCUGGAGGUCUCCGGUUCACUCCCAGUGAGUAAUACACUGGCUUGGUAGUCUGGAGGUCUUCGGUUCGCUUCCUGUGAGUAAUACGUUGGCUUGGUAGUCUGGAGGCCUCGGGU